AUGGAAAAUGAAAUUCAGGAAUCUCAGAUGAUCAACUCAACUGAAAAAUCAGCUAGUAACUCAGAAGUUAAUAAAAUAGAAACAAUUAAUCAACCUCGAAAAAUAAAUCUCAUAUAUAGGCCGUUAUCUGUAACAAAGAAACCUCAAACUCUGAAAUCCUGAAUCAAAUCAAGAUUGAUGAAAAAUGCCUUGAAGCUCUGAAAAGCUUAUCAUUCACAAAAAGUUCUAAUUGAGGAAAAUGAGUAUGUUGCCCUGAAAUUCUGGUCUUCAAAUUGUUACUGCAAAGGCUUUAAAAGCUGAAUCGAAUUUUGCGGGAAUCGCAAAAGGAUAAAAGAUCUACUUAACUCUGCAAGAAUAAUUAGAAUGAAUCAAUGGAGAAAGGAAGCACUGCAACUCUGGAAAAAGUUCAAAGAAGAAGCUAAAUUUCAAAAAUUGGCAAAUACCAAAUAUAUUAAGAGGCUUGCAAGACUGUCAAUUGCAUGUUGAAAAAGGUUUUGCGUUGAUAAAAAGGUAAUGAGAAGGAAAAUUGCUUAUUCAAAUAGGCAUUAUAUGAUAAAUGCAAGAAAAAAGACAAUAAAAUCUCUCAAAUAUGCAUUGGAGAUUCAAAGGUGAAAGACUAAUACUAUGCCUUCAAUUAGAAAGCUUUAUUUAAAAAACUUGCUAACUCCCCCCCCCCCUCCGUGAGCGAACAAAAAAAUUUUUUGUUCGCUCACGGAGGGGGGGUUAAUUUUUUUUUUUAAAAAAAUUUAUAUAUAAAAUUUUAUAAAAAAUAUUUUUUUCGAAAUUUAAAAAAAUCCUAAUUUGCAAAAAUUGGGAAGCAAAUAUUAAUUUAAUUUGCAAAAUUUAUGUUUUAAAACGCAAUUUGUUUAAAAUUAAACAGAAUUAGCUCUAGAUUUCAUUAUACUAAUUAUCACUUAUAUAUCCAAAUUUUUUUCCAUUAAAAUUUUUUCUAUUAAAAAAAUUUUUGUUCACUCACGGAGGGUGGGUUUUUGGUCAAAAAAUGGCGAUUUUUCUAAUGGUUUUGUUCGCUCACGGAGGGGGGGGGGGGAGUAAGAAAGUCCCUGAGAGGUUGGAGAUUGGUUUUAAUAAGAAAUUCAACUAUAAUUAGAAAAAGGAAAGCUAUCCAAAAAAAUCACCCUUUAUUUUUGGUAGGCUCUUGUUUUCAUUUGUGGAUUAAAAGGUAUCUUUUAAAAACUAAAAUUGCUUAUAAACGCCAAAAAGUGGAAGAAAUUUGUGAGAACAAUUUUAAGAAAAAAAUAUUUGAGGACUGAGUAAAGGCACUUUUGAAGAAAAGAUCACUGCAUGAAAAAGACGGAAAAGCAACGGAAAUUAUUAGAGUAAGAGAAGGAAAUAGAGUCCAACAAGAAGCUUUGAGAAACUGAACUAAUAGCUAUAGAUCAAAAGUAGCUUACAAACUUAUGAAAAAAAGAGCUGACAAGAUCCGAAAUAUAAAACUUUUGAAAAAAAUAAUGAAAGCUUUUGCUUUGAAUAAGUUCAUUAUCAGGAUGAAAAGAGCUAUCUUAAAUGACGCAAUCUCUUUCUACAAUAAAAAUCUCGCGAAGUUAGCAUUGAACCAGCUCAAGGAACUCAUAAUUUUGGAAGACUUAAAAAGGAGAAGAUUUUUUACUUCAGUAAAAUUUUGGUCAAAAACAACUUAUAAGAAAGGGCUUAGCGCGUGAUCUCAAUUUACAAACUAUCGAAAAUCUAAAAAAGAACUUGAAAAUCAUGCAAAAGAACUUCACUAUGAUAAGCUUAGAAGAGAAAGCAUGGCUUUGUGACUGAAAGUUGGCUUAAUUUGGAAAGAAAAGAAAGAAUCAAUGCUGACUCCCAUCUUUGAGCAAGCAAAAUCAUUUGAAAAAUCCUUAUAAUCUGAAAACGCCUUAUGUGAUAUAGCAAAGAAAUUAUUUUAAAAAUCUAUAAGUAAUAAUUUCUAUUUUUUAAAAAUGAAAUUUUUUAAAAAAAUAAUUAGCCUUCCUCAUUAGCAGGUAAAAUUUUGCUCUCUUGCAUGGAGGGGAAGUGAGAGAAGACAGUCGAGAAAAAGAAGAAAAAUCUUGAAAAUUAGUAAGAAAAUAUGCAAAUCGGUGGCUUGAAAAAUGACGAAUUAAAAAAGAUAAAAGAGAACAAAUUAAAGAAAAACCAUCAAAAAUGCCUCCUUUGCAAUCAAUAAACCCAACCUGGGUUGAUAAUGCAUCUGCAGCGAAAAAACAAAGAAGGCCUCCAAGAAGGUUAAAUGAUGCACAGCAACCGACAAAUCAAGCCAAGCCUGAAACAUCAGAAUUUUCCAAUGAACUAUCAAGGAACAUUGGCAUAAACCUUUCUUCAAUGAUAAAACGGCCAAUCAGAGCUGCAUCACCUGCCGCAACGAAUAUUGACAUGAAUCUUUCCUCAAUGAUAAGAAUGCCUAUUAGAGCUCCAUCUCCUGCAGCAAUGACUGAAAAACUCGAAAUGACCCCAAUAGUUCACUCACGAUCUAUUUCUCAAUUUGAUUCCCCCAAAACUGAAAAGCCUCACAAUAUAGAAGACCGAAUAGAACAGAUCGAAGCCAAGCUGCUUGAACUGAAAUUCAAUAAAGAAAAGCUAAAAGAAUUUCAAAGUAAUUUAAAGCAAAACCCAGAAAAUAAAUCCUUAGAAAGACUUGUUAAGGAAAUAAAACAGAAGCUGCAAGAAGAGCUUCCAAAUGUACGAGCGCUAUAUGAUGAACUGCAGUAUUUAAAACGUUUAUAA